AAAGCCUCGCGGCAACUCGCUCUGCAGGUUAUCCCGGUGAAUCACUCCUCAGUCGGCUAUAAGUAGGACAGCUUUCCUCAUGGUUUUAUUUUCCUUUUCGCGCUCCCAACAGGGACUUUGUUUUCAGACACCAUGAGUAAGUCCAACAGCCUGAAAGUAAAGGGCUUUUUUAAAUCCAAAUCACUUGAUAAAGACAGCAAGAACCUGAAACGGUCGGACACCCUCAAAGAUGGAGUAUCGACUUUACCGACGAGCCCCGGUCCCCUCAGCCCGGGACACAACGCCACAUUGGCCGGCGAUGUUGUACCCAUUCCCCCAAAAGAAAAGAAGGGAAGGCGGCUGUUGUCAUUCAAGAUAAAACGGAAGAAAUCCAAGCGCAAAGAAGAAGGAGAGGAGGUGUUCUUCACUGAUGAAGUGGGCAGCUUCAACAAACAACUGAGCUAUGACCAGAUGAGUGUUUCCACAGAGUGCAGUUUCCGGACUGAAUCGGACUGGGAACCUUAUUCUGAGUCUACGUCCAUGAUCAGCUUCGACAUGACUCAGCCACACGGGUCCACUUCCCCCUCAAAAUUAUUUAAGAGUUCGGAGGACAAGAGGGGAGUGUUUGAUCGCAUCAGCAAUUUCUUCAACAAGAGAAAAAAGAGCAGCAGUAGGCGGCACUCAGAGGCCUCCAAUUCAAGUUCCCCAACGUCCCCCUUGUCUCCACAUUCACUCCAGUCGCUACAGGAGGAUGGCCUGGACAAGACACCAACUCCUUCUCGGAAAGACAGUCAACUAACAGGGUUUUCUCAUGGAGAAGACAGAACGGGAGCAGAGUUUGGUGACACCCUCAGCUCCAGUCCCAGCACCUUAAGCAUGGCUUCUCUGUUGACAGACGGAGCAGAGCUCCCGUUCGCAGAUAGUAACAGCAGUGGCCAAAGCAGUGUGAGGGAGGUGCACGUGUGCAGGGUUAGCACAGCUAGCGGUGCAAGUAAUUCUGGGAAUUUGACUCCCACUACUCUGGAUCUUGCUACUAGCACUCAUCCAAGUGCUGAUUCCAGCUCAACACUAGGCUUUACAGAGUCAGUGGUGGAGGAAGUGAGCAAGAGGCUAAAGGUCAGUUUGGAUGAAAAUGUCCUGAAGAAUACAGAGAGUUCCAAUGAGGAUAAUGAAGUUGGUCGCACCUCACUGUUGGCGUUGAACACCCCCCUUUCCAAGGCAGCUGAGACCCCAAAGUCACCUAACUUGACUUCAAUAAGCUUAGCAUCAAAUAAAACAUCAGUGAAAGUUGGAGAGAAGGGGCACAGGACUGCGCUGAGAGGAAUAACUUUAGGCUCUCAGUCGUCCACCUCACACCUCAUCUCGACCACACAGGAUGAUGAAAACUCCUCCCCGGUCAUAGUGAGGGAAAACAAGAGGAGGGGUCAGGUAUUCUCUUGGAACACUGUAGCCGAAGCAUUUAGCGCCUCACCUGAGGAGGAGCAAGGGCCCAGAGGAGAGUCUCCUGUCCAACUCCACAAAGCCAUAUGGGUGGAAACAUACCUGGGAGCUGAAGAGGAAGGGGAGAGGGAGGGGGAGAAAGAGAAGGAUAUAAUUCAACAAGGGGAGGAGGGCUUCAGAGCGGACUCGCCUCCCGUGCUGGCUAUACCUGUCACAGUAAUUGCUGAGGACGACUCAAUCCCCCAGUGCGCUGCAGAAAGAAGGGCUUCUACCCCCUCCGAGACCUUGACGUCCAGUGGCAGCUUGCCAGAAUCAGCCAUCUCCUUGGCACCGACUACAGGGGAGUUCCAAACAACCUUACCACAGCCAGAGGAGCCUGACACUGGCACAGACUCAAAGCAAAGUUCACAACAGGAGAAACACAGAUCGAGAGAAAUUCGUGUCACGCGCAAGACUGUAAAUCUGCCUCCGAAGCACAAGGUAUUUGCCCACAAGGUGUACGUUAGCCCGGAGCCAAGUUUGGAUGGGAACGAAUCAGCGGGAGAAAAGCUCGGCAGAGUUUUGACUACAGAAACAACUGAAAGGAAGCUACUCCAAAACAACAAUGUGGAUCUCAAGGAAGCCAACCUUGAGCCAUUUCCAACAACAGAUGAGACUACACACUCUGAUACAAAUACUCCUGAACCCCUAGAAAAAACAGACUGUGAGGCCUCUGACUUUGAAAAUAUCUCAACAACCUCAGACAUGUCCAUAGCAAAGUCCCGAGCGGUGGGAUCUGGGGUAAGAGGCCCAGGGGCUAACCAGGCUACACCCUCCAAACGAGGGGUCAAAGCAGCAGCAGCAGCAGAAGGUCAGCAUACCACGGCAAGUGGUGCAAAGACCCCAUCCUCCGCAGCUGGCAGCAAGGCCAAAACUGUGACAACAAAGGCUAAGGCCUCCACAGAGAGCACAAAAGUGGGAACGUCCAGUGAUAUGCCACCAAAGAAGGAACAUAGCAAAGAUAAAACACUUUCCAUGUUACCAACAUUAAAAGAUCAAAGCACCAGUGGUCCAUCAAGUCCAACAGGUUCAAAGUCUAAAAUCCCCAAAAGGUCAGCAUCAGAUGCUGAUGUGAAAUCACCAGUGACACCAGAUAAAACACCAGUGACUGAUGCCUCUGGGCCAGUGUUCACCACUAAAUUGCAGAAACAACCCAAAACCAAAGAAACUUUAAAAUCUCCGGUCACUACAACCAAAGUUGGCAGGAAACAAAGUUUUGAAGAUGCCAAGGGUAGAAAAGCUCUGUCAGGAGACAUAUCUCCCACAAAAACAUUACACAAGACGGGAACAAAGCUUAUUAAAGAAAAUUCAGAUGAGGACAGUGGCUCUAUAAACCUGUUCAAUGGUGUGGAGAAAGACCAUGAGGAGAAUAGUACUAAAACAGGACACCCAAUUGGCAGAGAGGGCCUGAAUGUAAAAAAACAAGGGCAAAACCAUCCGGAGAAUAAUGCCUCCCUGGUAUCAAAGAGUCGGUUGCCCAUUUCAUCUCCAACAAGAAAGAAGAACGAUGAGAUAACUAAAAUAAGUGGCACUAACUAUAAAAAAAUGACAUCUGGUCAGACAGAUUCAGACAGAUCCAAGACAGUCCAAAAGCUGCAAGAAGUGACUCCUGGCGAGAGACCUGGUAGUGAGACACCACCUCCACUUCCUGAAAGUCCCAAAAAAGCAGGAAGCAUGCUGUCAACCAGAGUAUCCAAACACCUCUCUAAAAGAAGCAUUAGCCAAGAAGAGAGUGACUUUUGUGUCUCUCCACCUCCUACCAAGCAUGAGGAAACUGUCUCAUCAAGGCUCUCCAAACAGAGCAACAUCAAACACCACAAAAGUCUGAUCAAGGAUUCAGCUGAUCCCUCAUCACCUGUAAAGAAGCUUCCUACAAUGAGUCAAAUAGUAACAUCCAGGAAACAUUCACCAACUAGGAAUUCUGCAAGCACAUCCACAUCCCAACAGGACUCAAAUCAGAGCACUAACACAGAGACAGCUGUCAAAGCAUCUGAGAGUGGCAUAGCAGAUGUGAAAGACAAUACAAGUGGUGACAGAUUAAAAUUCAAGUUUCCAUCUACAGAGGAACAACAGCACAUCAUAAAACUCCCAGGCAGUCAGUCCAAUACCAGUGAAAACAAGCUGAAAGGAAAAGAGACAAAGAAAUUAGAGAGCAUAACCAGCCCUGCAACUGAGGAGAUUUUUAUAAUCCAUCCAAUACAAAGAAAAGAUGCGAUUAUUUCAGAAAACACUCCAUUAAACGUUACACCAGUUACAGGUCCAGGGACUGUGGUAUUGCCUUGCAGAGAAGUUGCCAAGGCAAGUCCAUCUCAGUUGCAAGUUACCAAUACUAAUACUGAGAGUAAUUGCCAGGUAGGGCAGCAUGAGACCAAACAACGAGUUAAGUCUACAUCUAAGAAAUCUCAAAUUCAAAGGGACAACACCGCCCAAGAACAGAAAACACCGUUUUCACAAAAGAUUUGUCCAGAAGAAGUAAAAGAGAAAGACAUUUUAGAGGCAACCAAGCUAAUAAGUAAGACAAAACCAGAUUUAAUCCAGGAGCGACGCCUUCCAGAGCCAAAUUCUGCAGUUUUGGCUCAGGACACAAUACCAGCUCAUGAGAAUGAAACUAAUAUGUCAGCAAAACUUGCUGUGGAUGGUAGCACUCACUGUGACACCAUCACCCACUCUGGUCAGGAAGGUGUUAUGGCCAUUAGUGUUUCCCUUGAAGAAACUAAUAAGGUCACUUCUAAAGAAAAUAAUAGAAAUAGUUUUCCUGCUAAAUUGGCCUCAAAAGACCAAGAUGCUGAGCCAAAAGAUAUACUUUUAGCCAAUUCCAUUGCGGUUUCAGUUGAUGAUCUGUUAUUGAAGGAUCAAACCACAAAUAUCAUUCUUAGAAAUGAUAGCUUGCCCACAUUAAGCAGAGAUUUAGUUAACGAUUUUGAGGUAGAGGAGGAAAGUAAAGAGGAGGCUUGCAGGAAACCAGCAAAGGCUUUGGACAUUCAAACAGAAGCUGUUUGUGAAAUGUCUAAGAAUGUUGAAAAUAAGCUGGACAAAGAGCCUUUUUUACUGGCAGGAGAAUUUGAAAGUCAGGAGAAAGACUCAAAACCAAAUGAAAAGCUGAAUGAUGCAGCAGUGGAAAGCACUGACUCAGAGAACAUUUCCACAAAGGAGCUUAAGGGCAUAACAAUUGAGAAAGAAGCAGAGAGAGCCAUUACAAAAACACAGAAGCCAACAGAUCUAUCAUCAGAGGAAAAACGUUUACAGCCUGACUCAGAAGAGGGACCACAGACAGUAGUUACGGCUGCCCUGGAAGAGAAGAUGACAGAAGCAGAGGAAGCAAGAAGUGCACUCCAUGAAAAUACAGCCAGUGUGGUUGAUACAAAGCAGAAAUGUAAGAUCCGCCUAAAAGAAAAUGCAGACAGUGGUGAUAAGGACAAAGACCAGAAGAUGAAGACAUCAACAGAGAAAAAUGAACAGAAACCCAAAGUUCUUCUAGCCAGAGAUGAGAAGGUCAGUGAUAAGGUAGAAAAUCAGGAGGACAAACACACGGAUGUUGUUAAGAAGUCACAAACUCCAGAAUUAAACGCCAUAAGCUCUGGAACUAAUUCUACUAAAGAAAAUAGCCAAACAAAGGAUUCAUCAGUGAAGAAUUUACCGAAUGAGAUUUCAAAUAAGACUGCUGGCUCCAAAGUUAGGAGGCACAAGGAACAGAAGACUUUAAUUGUUAGAGACCAAGAUGACAACAUAGAAAAAACAGAGGAACAUGCUUCUAGAUCAGCAGAAUCCAAAUGUCCAAAUACUGACCUAAAACAAGAACUGGAAAUGGUAAGAACAGAAGCUCCAGAGAAGAUAUCAGAAAGCCAAACUCAAGAAAUAAAGGUUGUAAGCACCAAAACUCAGAAUGCUGAUGGAGCCAAGGAACAGACGACUUUAACUGCUAGAGACCAAGAUGAUGACAUUGAAAAAACAGAGGAACAUGCUUCUAGAUCAGCAGAAUCCAAAUUUCUAAAUGCCCACCUAAUACAACAACCUGAGACAGAAAAAGCUCCAGGGAAGACCACUGAAGUUGUACAAAUAGAUACCAGUCAAGAAUUAAAAGCAGUAGGUAGGGAAACCCAGAGUGCUGAAGGUACUAAAGAGAAGACCAAAACAAAGGAUCCAACAAAGAGUUUGGCGAAUGAGACAACAAUUAAACCAGAAGCUCCAAAGAAGGUAUCAGAAAACCAAAUUCAAAAACUAAAAGCUGUAAGCACUACACCUCAGAGUGCUGAUGGAGCUAAAGAGAAGACUGAAACAAAGGAUACACCAAUAAAGAGUCAGGUGAAUGAAGUUGUAAUUGAGAAUGCUAACUCAGAAGUUAGCACCCAAAAGGACCAGAAGCCCUCAAUUGUCAAAGUUGGACUUGUGAAGGUUAAGAAACCCGAGAAAAACUCUGAACAAUCAACAGAUAUCAAAGCCCCGACUGCUAACUCAGUUGUUUUCCCAACUGAAAAAGCAGGUAGUCACACUGAUAGUAAACAGAACAAAAGAAAAGAAAUGAAAGAGGAUGGUGAAGUUGAAAACAAAGGGACAAAGCAGGAGCAUCAGCAGAUGAAAGCCUCGAAGAUAGACGCCAAGCAAGAGUCGGAACGCAUUACUGUAAAAGAUGCAUCUAGCAGAAAUGGUGGGGAAGAACAAAAAGACAAGCCCACUGAUAAAGUACUAAAUAGCCCUGAUGUUCAAAAGAAUAAUGAAGAAAAAACAAAAACAGAUCUGAAACAGAAACUGCAGACUUUAAAAGAAGAGAAACCCAUAAAACUCAGUGAUCAUCCAAAGCCUUCAAAGCCAACACUUACUGGCAGUUUGUCUCGUUCUCCGACAGCAGAACGACCUUUAACAUCUCAAAGUAUUCAGCAAAAGGAGUCUCCAUCUAGCUGGUUGGAUGUGAUGCAUCAAAAACAGAAGAAGGAACAUAAAAGAAUACUAAAUGCCUCCGCCAGUGAGGAUAAAUCUCUUGAGCCUGACGACUUUGAUCAUUUUAUCAGGAGCAUUAAGGAGGCCAGCAUUCCGUUCUCGCUGCCUCCAAAGAGGCAUGUUCGUAAAAAGUCCCCAUCUCCACCUUAUGCCAUGCCAGCCAUCAAGGAGGACCAUUUUGAGAGAACGUUUGAUCCAGAGGAAUUCCAGUUUGGCUUAAGAAAACAUGGAAACAUUUUUAGGGAUCCUUCCCCAGCUAUGGUGCUUAAACAAAAAGCAGCUGAUAGGAAAGCACUGACCCUAGAAAAAUGCGCAGAAGAUAGUGCCAUAUACACACCAAGGGACAAUAUUAAAUCACUUGACGAGGUGGAAGGAAAAGAUGGAGUCAACGAGGGGACACACAUUGAAGCAGGAAAAGAAGAGGGACAAACAAACAAUGGAGAAGAGCCUGGGAAGCUGAUAUCACGACUUGGAAGGAUGUCCAUCCUCUCUAACUUACUGAGUUCCCCUCAUUCCUCCAGGAAGGCCAAAGAGGAAGCUACCUCCGCCUCAAAUAACACACAUUCUAACAAGCAACAGGGCCUGCUCUCACUUGCAAAGCAGGAAGUUGUUGAAUCACCUUUGCCUGCCGUUGAAGCAGAUAAGAAGGGUGUGAGAGGUACAGAUCAAGGCCCACUUGUGGGUGGUGGUAUAGGUACAGGUAGUGAGUCAGCACUCAACCACUCCUCUCCUCCUCUGCCCUUGUUCUCUGAGAUAAAGCUGCCUGUUCAUUUGGAGAAGUACCUCAAGAAUAACAAACCAGAAUCUGAGGCCUCCCAGGGCUCUACACAGACAACUAAAACUAAAAUGAAUCCUGAGGGUUCUGUGAUAGACCAGGCCUCGAUAUCAGGAGUACCCGAUGUGGAUGUGAGCCUGAAGGAGCCUGCAGGAGUGCCUCCAACCAGCAACAUUAGCCAGCAGACUUCUAGAAAUGGACUUGCUACUUCUACAACUAAGAUACCUGCAGUAAGAGGGUUUCACAAAAGGCCUGGAAAGAUUGUGAUACAUGAACAUGCUCAGUUUGGAGGGCAGCCGUUUGAACUCUACUGUGAUCUAGAGGAUGCCACCGCAAUUAAGCUUUCCCCUGUCAUCUCAGUCAGAGUAAUCAGAGGAUGCUGGCUCCUCUUUGAAAAACCUGGCUUCCAGGGUCGUAUCAUUGCACUUGAAGAAGGUCCCACAGAGCACUUAGUGAAUAUGUGGGCAGAGGAGGAAACACCAUCAGCACUAGACCAGAUGGGUCAACCUGUACCAACAGCACCUAUGGUCAUAGGUUCUAUUCAGUUGGCAGUUAGAGACUAUAGCAUACCCCAAAUCGACCUGUUUGCAGAGGUCAAUGGGUUGGGGAGGAUGUCAUCUUACUGUGACGACGUUGUAGAGAUUGCCUCCUUUGGGAUUCCACAGACCACUGGCUCCAUUAAGGUUCAUUCUGGAGUCUGGCUGGUGUACGCUGAUCCAGGGUUUGGAGGCUUUGUUGGAGUGCUGCAGGUGGGGGAGUAUCCCUGCCCGGAGUCCUGGGGAUUCCCUGAGCCCUUUAUCGGGUCUCUCAGACCUCUCCGAGUGGGACCAAUAAUGGUGGAGCAUCCUCGUGAAUUCAAGGCCUUAGUGUUUGAGAAGCCCAACUUUGAUGGAGAGUGCAUAGAGGUUGACAGCGAUGCGUAUAACUUGCAAGUAGAGCUGGAAGAGGAGAAAACAGGCAAACCAGACAAGAACAAGAAGACAUUGUCUACAGUGGGGUCUUUAAAGAUUCUUGGUGGUCUCUGGGUGGGCUAUCAAGAGGCAGACUUUGAAGGCCAGCAGUACAUCCUGGAGGAGGGGGAGUAUCCUCACUGCAGUGACUGGGGAGGAUCUGAGGAUGGGCUCCUGUCACUUCGGCCUGUAUGCACAGAUUUCCUUUCCCCUCACGUCAAACUGUUCAGUGAGCCGCACUUUGAUAAACUGGGGCGCAACGUGGACUUGCUGGACCCCGUCCUCAGCAUGGAGGACGUCGGCCAUAGUGCCAAAACUCAGUCUGUCAACGUCAUGGGUGGAGUGUGGGUGGGGUUUGAGAAGCCUGGAUUCAGUGGAGAGCUCUACGUUCUGGAGAGAGGCAUGUAUGCAAGCCCAGAGGACUGGGGAGCCCAGAACUUCAACAUCUCAUCCAUACAGCCGGUCUUCCAUGACCCACUGAUGGUAACAACCAGAUUCAAGGUGCAGCUGUAUUCUGAGUCGGACUUCCAGGGAAGGCUGGUGUCUCAGGAGGACAGCGCAGCAGCCCUGGAUGAGGACUUCCUACCCAAGUCCUGUAAGGUGCUGGCUGGCAGAUGGGUGGCAUAUGAAGGAGCUCAGUUCACAGAGAACAUGUAUGUGUUGGAGGAGGGAGAUUACCCCAACACAGAGGCCAUGGGCUUCCUGCCCUCAGACUCUACCAUUCGCUCCAUACAGACCCUUGGACAUGAGUUGUCUCUGCCCUCCAUCGUCCUGUUCAGUAAGGUGGGCUGUAGAGGCCGCAGAGCGGUGCUGACUAACGGAGCUGUGAACCUGAUGCAGGCAGGCAUGGACACGCGCAUACGCUCCCUGGUGGUGGAGGGAGGAAUGUGGGUGUUGUACGAAGGCAGUAAUUACCGGGGUCGACAGCUGCUUCUCCAGCCCGGUGAAGUGACUGAUUUGUGGAAGUUCAGCGGCAUGCAGCAAUUAGGAUCCCUACGUCCAUUACCCCAGAAGCAGAUGUACAUCCGUCUGCGGAACAGGGGGACCGGAUGUGUGAUGUCCCUGACGGGAACUCUGGAUGACAUCAAGCUGAUGAGGGUUCAGGCUGUGGAGGAGACUGGAGGGUUAGAGCAGGUCUGGCUCUAUCGGGACGGGCAGCUUACCUGCAAGCUGGUGGACAACUGUUGCCUGGAGACCACAGGCAGUGUGGUGAUGGAGGGCGGACGGCUUUGUGUUGCCCCGGAGCGAGGCAAAGGCAACCACCUGUGGAACAUCACCCCAGAUGGCCGAGUGCACUGUCACCUCAAACCUAACCUGGUCCUGGAGGUCAAAGGUGGUCAUCAGUAUGACAAGAACCAGGUGAUCCUCAACACAUGCGAUGAGAGAAAAUUGAACCAAAUUUGGACCUUGGACAUCCUGUGAUCUGAUGAGCCUCUUGCUAACUCAUUAUGAACCCUGUGGAACACACACACGCACACACGCACGCACGCACACACACACACACACACACACACACAGUUGGCCUGAGAGGUCACUGCACCUUUUUGUGGUAUUUUGACACUCCUUGAGGAGGGUACCAUUGACUGGAUCAACGUUUAAACUAUUAUCAUAGUGU